ACAGUGUGCAUGCCUGAUUAGACAAGAACUGGAGGAGUUUCUAUGCAGCGUACUGUUUCUAUUCUUAUAUCGCAUUUACUUACUUCAUAACAUAUGACUCGUGUACUUUAUCUUUAUAUGUAUCUUUAUGAAUAAAAUCGUUGAAACAAACUUUACACAAUAAUACUAACAGCAAGUUCACGCGAUAACGUAACAGAUGAAACCAUAACCAUGGCUUAUACAAAAAUACCUAAAGUUAAAGAAGAUGAUGUGCUUGAAUGUUUCCUUUAUCCAAAAAUUUGUUAUACAAAACCUUCAAUAGCUAUAACAGAGGAAAUUCUCUUACAAGAAAUUACAAAAUUCAAUGAAGUAAUUGCACCUUAUAUUGAAGGUUAUAUUUGGCAUAAUGAUAAUUUAAUUUUUCAUCCUAGAACAAAAGAAGCAUUAUUAUUGGAAAAGCUUAUUGAAAAUUCUACAACUACAGGAGAAUGUAAUAUAUUGCCUCACAUUUAUAUACGCUUACGUUUUGAUGAAGAUAUAAGUGAUGAAUGGUUUGUGGUCUUUCUGAUAUUCAAACUUACCCAGACUUUUAAUGGAUUAAUUGCUAAAGUUAUAGAUUCUGACGGUGAAUUUCUUUUAAUUGAGGCUGCAAAUGUUCUGCCCCCAUGGGCUAAUCCUGAAACAUGUGAAAACCAUGUAUUUGUAUAUAAUGGUGAAUUGCACAUUAUUCGCGAAAAACAUAAAACAUGGUUGGAUUUGUUAAAUAAUCUUGGGGAGAAACCAUAUUUUUACAGAGCUUCGGAGAAAGUACAAGAUGUCUUAAAAAGACGAAUUAAUAUUUAUCCUAGUGAGAUUGAAAAAAGACAUCACAAGGCUCGAGUCUUUUUACCUGAGAAAGCAGUUUCAAUACUUCGACAAGAACCAAGACUGAUCGCAUUAAUUAUUCGAACAAUUUGCCAUUCUGAUCCACUUGAAAGAAAAGUUUGUCGUGCUAUGAAAUAUUUUCCUCCCGAACAACGUAUUAUGGUUAAUGUAAAAAUGACUAAAUGUUUGUAUGCAAUGGCAAAUCAUUGUCGAUAUACUGGAGAUCCGAGGACAGGCUGGAAUAUACCCCCAAUAACUUAUUCGAAGUAUAAUGCUCACGUACUUGGAAUUAAAAUAGCAUGUGGUUUAGAAAUGUUAAUUGCUCGUGCAAAUGAAGAACUUAGAAGAAGAGAAAAAAGAUCAGUUAAUAAUUCUGAGAAAUUAAAAGCAAAUGAAGAUGUUUUAAAUACAUAUUUAAGCCGUUUAGAAGUUAAUGGCUAUUUUAAAAAUCUUUUAAAGGGUAGCGAAGAAUAUGAAAAACUCUUGAAUGCAGCAAAAGAUUAUUACUUUAAAUACUUUAAUCUAUAUAAUUCUAUUACCGACAUUAAUAAAAGUGAUGCUGAAAAGGUUUUAGAAGCAUGGGAAAACAUACAGUCCAAUGAUGUUGAAUUACAUGCACAAGAUGAAGCUACAUUAAGUCCUGCAGAUAGUGAUAGUUGGUUAAAUGUAGAUCCAAUACAGUUAGAAACAUUUUUGAAUGAAAAGUGGGGAAGUACUAAAAGCAAGAAACAUAAACAAGAAUCAUUAAGUCUUAAAGAAAAAGUACAGAUGUUCUUAAAUCAAAAUAGUGAUAUUGAUGGUGUACAAUUUUUAGAAGAUCUUUCAACAGAAGUUGAUGUAAUGUAUGAUCCAGAGGACAAUGGAAAAGUUGAAUUCGAUGCAGACAUAUUUGAUAGUACAUUACGAGGAAUAUUAGAUUUAGCUGUUCCAGGAAAUGAAGGAGAAUUUGAAGGAAGUUCAGAGGGAUCCUUGGGUGAAGAUGAUGAAGAUAAAAGAAAUGAAAUGGACAAAUAUAUGCGUUUGUUAAAUUCAGAAAUACAGUCUCAAAUAGAAAAAGAUGAAGACUCUGAGACAAAUAAAAGCUCUGAUGUUAUAGAAGAUAAUUUGUUAAGAAGUAUUACAGAAGAAGCAGGUGGUUCAGGUCCAACUGGAAAUAUAAUAGGUAGACCUGCUCGACAACUUCUGCAUUUACAAUUACAAUCACCCACUACAGUACCUCCUGAUUUACAAAGUUAAUAAUUUUAUCUAAGUAUUAAUAUUUACUUAAACAUGUUAAUGAUUGUUAAUAGAUUGAAAUUCCUGCUAGCCAUUUUAUGCAAGAUAUGUAUUUAUUAUUUUGAAAGCAGAUGAAAUUUAAAAUCAAUAGCACGUUUAUCGUUAUCAACAAGAAAGUAACUUUAUACAUAGAUGUAGUGUUAUAAACUCACAAUUUUUUAAAUAUUUUUUCAACUGUUAUAAAAUAUUUAUAUUUUAUACCUAACUUUUCGUUUUUUCAGUCUUUAUUAUACAAAAGUAUGUUUAAUUACAAUAUUAAAUGAAAUACAUGAAUGUAUAUAUCUAUGUGUGUACAUGUAUGUACAUAUUAAAAUAUCAUUAUACUUUACUCUAAAAUAUUCCGAAGUCUGCCAGACUAUAACAAAGGUCAUUAAUUAUUUAAAUGAUGGAUUUAACUACUUUCGAAUUUUACUUCCUUUUCCAAUUACGGAUUCAUUAUUUGUUGCUGUAUUAAAUGUCGAUCUACUAUUUGUAUCAUUAUUUACAUUCUCAUCUUUAUUUAGCAUCGAUUUCCUAAAAUAAUAAUAUAGUACAUUAAACAGUAUUUAUACAUGUAGAAUUAUGACAAGAAGUCAGUACUUAUAAACGUCACUUACCUAACAUUAGCUACUUGCAGUUCAACUUUCUUAGGAUCUGUAAACUUCUCUUUUACAUCCAAUUUAAGAGCUGAUGAGCCAGAAUAAUAAACAAUAGCACAAGGAACUAAAUUUUCAUUAACUAAGCGAGAAUUAGGGUUCAAAUUACGUUUCGGUGGUGUAGUAACUAUUCAAUAAGAAAAAUGUGUAUUACUAACUAUAAUAAACGUAUACUUUCGGGAUGUAUAAUAUGUUAUAUAAUGUAAAUCUAUAAUGAGAUUAUUGUACUUAUUAGCUAAUUAUAUUACAAGAUAAAUUUAAAAAUUA